AUGAAGGAGCACCCAGGUGAGUACGCCGGGGAACCAAGAUGGCGCCUGGCCAGAGUGAGAGCAGGCGGCCAGGUCUCGGGGGAGGAGCUCCGCGCCCCGCCAACCGGCCGGGCCCCGCCCCCGUUCCCCGGGCGACGGCGACGCCGAGCCGCGGGCAACAUGGCGGCGGCGGCGGGGCAGGAAGAAGAGCAAGAUCAGGAUGCCAUAGUUGGAAAGAAGAUUAUUAAUCGGAUGUUUCUUUCUCUUUCCCAAAUUACUGCUUUGUCAGAACAAAAUGCAGAAGGAGUUCAAAAAAAGCUGGAAGAAUUUCUGAAUUUUAAACAAUUAAAGACAUCUUUGAAAGAAGCUAUUUUGCUAGAUUAUUAUACUGCAGGGUUUUGGUGGGCUAAAGAAAUGAACUUCAGUCUUAUACAGCUCUCAGGAUUCAUGGAUCUAUUAAAUUUCCUGUUGGAGAACCUCAGUGACAAACAUAUGACCUUAGGAGAUAAUUUAAAAGAACUUGGAAGAGCAAUGGCUGGAAUAGGAGAAACUGAUUCAGAAAGAAGUGGUGACUUGAAUUGCUUCAGCAUUGAGCAAGCCAAAGCAGUCAUUGAUUACUUGAAUAUCAGCUUAUUUAAACACUAUAAACUGUAUGAAUACCUCUUCCACAGUCCUAGAGAAGAACUUGUGAUAAGUAAUGAGUAUGUGAUUGAACUUGCCCAACCUGCAGUUCCCCCCUCCCCUGCUCUGCUGGAAGAAGACAUACCUUCGGAUAUCUGUUCGUCGUUCAUAAUAUCACCAACAGCUGAAGAGACAGAAUCUAAGGGGUCUGAUCAAGAGGGUUACCUGGAAGAGCCCUGUCCAGAGGCAGAGUCCUUCGAGGCAGAUGCUGUGGCUGGUGUCACUGCUGAAGAGCAGAAGUCCGCAGUGGGUGAAAUCCCAAAUGAAAUUGUUGGCAACCUUGAGGCAGAAAUAAAUGAAAAGCUGCGAAUGCAAGAAGAAGCUUGUACUUUGAGAACAGAAAACUUAAACAAUCCUAAGUAGCCAGAUAAGAAAGGUGAUGUUGAAUUUCACAGAAAUUGGACAGUAGGGGAUGGCGCGCACAGAAGACUGGCUCCCUGCCUGAACGUAAUUGUUUUUGUAUAAAGGAAAAUGGUUCUGUUAACAUUUACCUAGAAAUAGUUCAUCCCAAAUUGAUAGUUCCUCAAAUUGACUGUGUUCUGCCAGUGUUGUUAUUUAGUUUAGACUUAAGUAGAAGAUUAUAAGUAGGAGGAUAUGGAAUUAAAACAUGUUGAAGUUCAGUUUAUUUCUGAAUAGAAGU